AUAACUAUAUGAUAUAUGAUAUACAGCUUUACAAUCUGCCAUCAAACGGGUGCCACUUGAGCUCCAGAAGACUCGAUGCAGGUUAACGGCUGUCCAAAACAAAAGAAAAUUCAUAUUAUCUUCACAGCCAUCACUAAUUUACUUUGCUUAUGAAAGGAUUGUUAUUACUUUAUUUAUCGCUGUGUGCUCUGGGGCCAUAUCGGAGACAGGCUGAUGGGAAAGAGAGAUACUAGCGUCCGCUACAAAGAGGACAGGGCUUGAACACAUUCUGAUGUGCCCUCUCUCAUCUAAGUUAGGGAACGGCAAUCUCCUGAACUUGCUUUCCUGUACUGAAUAAUGUACUCAAUUCAUAACGCUGUAGGCGCACACGUCGUUCGUGCUUAUAACGUCCUCGUUGUCAGCUGUCAACCCCGAACGUGAAAGAACACAGGGCAAUGCCAUUUCCCAUUCAUACUCAUAUUUCAUAUUCCCAGGAUUCCAGGGACAGAUUGCAUUUAAGCUUCAAUGUUGAUAGGUCUUAAUAAGCAUCCAAGCACCUCUGCCACCACAGUCCAAGGCUCGGAGCAAGAAACGGGGCGAGCGCCGAACACGCUUAUCGUGCUUCCAGUAAAGUCGACGGCGGAGAGACUUUUUGUUGUUGUUGUUGUUGUUUUUAAUCCACGGGCGUCAGACUCGUGCAGGGCCGAGGACAGUGCAAAAGAGCGCAGCGCGCGAAGGCCACGGGCGCGUUACGCGCGCCGGUGCCGGCUUAGGGUGCGCAUGCGCGACCUCUGUACGGCGACUCGCUAGCAUAAGGAGCUACAACCAAAACAGACGGAGUUGGAAAUGAGCCUUUUCGUACGAUUCCGUAGAGCUUAUUUACUCUGAAAACGUUAACAGAUCACUAGCACUUGAACAACCGUUCCUUCCCAGUCGGCUCACAACCAGGCGACCAGGGAACAUGUCGCUGCGGUUCUGCGCCAACAUCUCCUGGCUGUUCGCGGAGCUGCCGGAGUUCCCCCGCAGGCUGCAGGCCGCCGCCUCGGCGGGGUUCCGCGCGGUGGAGGCCGCGUGGCUGUACGACACAGACCCGGGAGACCUGCGGAGGGUCAAAGAGCAGGCAGGGCUGGAAAUAGCCCUCAUAAACACCCCCCCGGGUGAUUUAAAGCAUGGGGAGUUGGGGCUUGGUGCUGUCCCUGGAAGAGAGCUGGAAUUCAGGCAGGGUUUGACUCAGGCCAUUCACUACGCUAAAGCUCUGGACUGUAAGAGGAUACACUUAAUGGCUGGGAGGGUACCUGCAGGGGCCCAGCGUGCCGCGGUUGCUAUGGAGAUGGAAGCCACCUUUGUGCAGAACCUGCGUCAUGCGGCAGAUAUGCUCGCUAAGGAGGGAAUUCUUGGUCUUAUUGAACCCAUUAACACAAGGAUUACGGAUCCUCAGUACUUCCUGAACUCGCCUCAUCAGGCCGCUGCGAUUCUGCAGAAAGUUGACCGUCCAAAUAUCAAGCUCCAGUUGGACGUUUACCACUGGCAGAUAAUGGAUGGGAACCUGACAAUGAACAUCCAGAAAUACUUCCCCCUCAUCGGUCACGUCCAGGUGGCACAGGUGCCCGGCCGCCACGAACCUGACAGUGCCGGAGAGGUCAGCUUCCCUUACCUGUUCAGCCUGCUGGAAGAGCUGGGCUAUGACGGCUACGUUGGCUGUGAAUACAAACCGCUGGGCUCAACAGAAGCAGGCCUGGGUUGGGUGAGAGAGUACUUGGAGGAUCAGAGGUGAGUUCAGACGCCUGGCUGGGUCGAUCCUGGCGGAACCCCACACACCUCCCCUUCGGCACCAGCAGUCUACAAGGAACUUUCUCACCCAUGUGAACAUGUUGCGGUCCUGCCUGUAUUUGAGCCUUCCGUUGACUCUGGUGUGUUUGCAGCAAAUGCACGCAUAUUUGCAAAAUGAAGGCCGUAAUUACACGCAUGUUUUCUGAUAAGGCUAUGGAGCCUCUUAUCGUCACCAGACAAGUCCAGAACUGGACUUCCAUCAAGGACUUCCUCCCAUUUGUCAAUAUGCUCAAGAAUAAUACUAGGAAAUUUAUUUUAUAUGCAAGUGCCUAACUUCAGUGUCGGGCAAACUAUUCAGUUUAACGAUUGUUGUUUGUGUUCUGAAACACUAUAUUAAAAACACUUCAGUUAUUCA